AUGUUAUUGCCGGGAAGUGUGCUCCUGGAUGUCAAACCCAAGGCAUUCCUACACCACCUCCCGAAGGCGUUUGAGGGCCCCUUCAAACCCAAUGAACGCUUGUCUCAAACGACUAAACUAUUCAACGACGAGAUCUUCGGUCCGGAAUCGCUGGCCGUUUUCGACGGCAAACUAGUGACCGGUGCCGCCGAUGGAUAUCUAUACCAAUUGGACGGCACAUCUCCGAAACCACUCCUCAAGAUUGUGGAGAAAAGUUGUUUUGAAAACCCAUACAACACGACAAAGUGUGGCCGUCCUCUGGGCCUUAAAUUUGACUCCAAGGGAGUCCUGUAUGUGGUUGAGCCGAGUGUCGGCGUGUUUUCUGUCAAAAAUAUAUUCACAAAUAACCCGAAAGUGGAGUUAGUUAUGGACAUCGACGAGACACAGGUGUUGGGCCAGAGCUCUAAGUUCUUGGACGAUCUGACCAUCGAUGAGGGCGCCGGACUUAAUGGCGGACAUGUGUUAUACAUAUCGGAUGUGAGCGUUAAGUUUGAUCUAUUUGAGUGUAUUUUGAGUGUUUUGGGCACAGAUUUGGGACGUAUUGUCAAAUACGAUGUAAACGCCAAGAGAGUGGAGUCGGUCGCCGAAAACAUACUGUUCCCCAACGGUAUGGAAAUCAGUGACGACAGGAAUGCCAUUCUGUACAACGANCACUUGAGAUUCUUGAGUCCCAACAAAUCAAUGGCUAAUGAUUUUGUGGAUCUCGGGCAACAAGAAAAGAUCCGGCGCUCACGGAUUAGGUUUGCCUUCGAGGCUGAGAAGGAAAGACUUAAAAUAGAUGACAACCAGAAGAUGACUAUUAAAGUGCAGACAUUGCACCAAAAGAUCAUCGAAUUAAAGAUCAGUCCAAAUGACAUGAUCUCUGAUAUCAAUGACAUGAUAUACGAAAGCGAAGGCAUUCAUCAGUAUAUGCAAAGACUUCUGAUGGAUGACAAAGAACUCGAAGAAGACAAGAGUGUCAGUGAUUAUGGCAUUGAAGAGGGAAUGACGAUCCAUGUGAUUGUGAAACCAAGAAGUGGCCAAUGGGGAGGUGGUCUGCCAGUCACUGUCCCCCUCGGCCCCAGAGGUGCCUUCGGGUUCGGCCACAAGAGGUGUCAACAGUUAAGCCGAAGUCAUAAGGAAUUCAUUGCCGACGAAAACAUUCAAUUCAAACCAUUUUCUAUUGAACUUAGAAUUAAAUAA